UUCAACUUGCGACCUAGCCCACAACCUGGCCAUUCGGACGCGCUUUCCGAUGCUGUAUAGAACAACUAUCAAAAGCUCCUGGAUUAUUAGAACACUUCGACCAAAAUUUUGAUCGGCCAGAAGUGGGCGAUGGUGUUUUACAUGAACGUAACACUUUUUUACCGAAAUCUCCUCUGUAUGACUGCCAAGUGGAGAAAAAUGGAGAAGUCCGAAGACGGAUUGAUGUGCCGUUACUGUGGUCGCCAAUUUAAAAGUAAAUCAGGCCUUUCAAACCAUGAAAACAGCAGAGCAAAUUUAAUGAGACACAGAAAAUUCUCUUACAACACAUGUCGGUCAACAGUAUAUAAUCUUGUGGAGAAAGCAGAACCGGAGCAUACUGGAGACGUUGGGAUAAGCACUAGGAACACGGCGCAAAAUAACUUGCCAGACAACAUCACGCUAAAAUCUCAUACCUUUGACAUGCCAGAAAGAGGAAGACUUGCUGGAAAGAAUAAAUACUCGACUGUGUCUCUUGAUAGAAAUUCUUUACAGAAGGGCUCUCUUGGAGUCAGAUGGAAAAAGGCUAGAACUAACGAAUCAAAGAUGCUGCCAUCACAGCGAAUGGGAAUUCAAUAUGAUCAAAAUGAGACGACGGUUCUAAAGAAAUAAACUGCUAACCAUAAAGUGGAACGUUCAUUGUUUACAUUUCGGUGUCUGGAAGGUACUGAAGGAACUCAGCUUUGUUCUUUGUUCAACACAAUAAAUAAAUGUUGCAUUUAAUAGAUGUUCUAAAAUUGAGGUAUACACAUGUACAUACAUUCAGAGAAAUAUUCUUUCUAUUAUCCUUUUUCAUUGAGGUUCAAACUAUAGCACUAGUCUUUUUCAUCUGGUACCUUUGGACAUUGUGGUAGCUUCUUUAAAGUAUACAUUUAAAUUCGCAAUUUGUAACAUGGCUAUUUGUUAAUAUCAGACGGAAUUAGAUAAUAAAAGUUCACUGGCAAAUGGCUUUAAUUUAUAUAAAUUGAACAUCUUUAUACAUGUACAGUGGGUGCAAGAAAUAUAAAGAACAUGAUGUAUUGAAAAUAUUAUUUAUUUACCUGAGAUAAUCAAGAGAAAAAUCACAUCAAUUUGUAAGCAAACAGUAACUGUGGUAAAAGGAAAUACCUUUAUCCCCCUACAUAUUUUCCUUUAAAAGGAAAGAAACUACACUCUCCAAACGGGGGUACAAUCAUCUAUGCUCGGGGACGGAAAAUCACUUGUUUUCUUAAUUCUUAAUCACAGGCUUACUUGUGCCAUCACAGUUAAAACUUAAAAUUGUUUAUAAAAACUGAAAAGCAAAAAUUACACAUGUAUAAAUAAUAAACUAAACUAAAAAAGUGCUAAGAACAAACAGUAACAAGGUAUCACUGAUACAUCAUAGGUCAAGGAAAUAAUUUGUCUGCAAACUUGCUAAAGCAGUAUGUGCUCACAUAUGAUAAAAAUGUUAAAUAAUUGGCGAAAUGAGGACAGAACUAAUUAUCAAUUCAAAAUUUCGCACGCCUUUCCUACUCACAACAAAAAAUUGUCUCCACAUAAAAAAAAAACAAGAAACACGUUAAACAAAACAAAACAUUGUCUCCAUUAAAGCUUUACAAUAAAAUUUUAUAUAAAAUCACAAAAAUCAGAUAUAUAUAAUAUAUAUAUACUCGUAGCUACAUGUAGUAUCAAAACAAAAAUCAUUCAAAUCAGUUAGCUAAAAGACAAAAUUGACACAACACAUGAAGAAGAAAGCUUAACAAUCAAGUUUUUAUUUAUAACAUAAAACUACAGGGCCAUAAUGGCACUAAUUGGUCAACUAGCUAAGGUCCAAGUACUACUCCUAUAUUGCCUUUGAUUUGACGAUGUAAGUUAAAGAUCUUCAAGUCAAACAUGCUGACCAAUGCAUAUUGCAUUUAAAAAGUGGCGUGACCUAGUUUCUGAUCGCAUAUUCCCCAGUUUUAACCUUGACCUAGAGAUCAUCAAGACAAACUUUCUCAUCAUGUCUUGUGAUAAUUGCACAGCGUUUUCUUUUAAUUUGAUGGUAUGACCUAGUUUCUGACCCUAUAUGACCCAGUUUUCAAUUUGACCUAGAGACCAUCAAGACAUUUUUCCCUUUAACAAGCCAAUUCGAUGAAUUGGUAUCCCUCGCCGAAAUAGUUUGUGGUGAGGAAUGGCAAAAAAAAAUAU